AAUUUCAGUUUUUCUUUUUUAUCCAAGUUUGUUGAAUAAUUUAAUCGAAAUGCGUUUAUUAACAUUUAGUUUCCUAAAGAGCUGCAAGUAUAAGAAGUUCUGCAGCGUUUCUCGCAGCAUCAGCACUGUGUUGCAGCCUGAAGUUUUACCAGCAGUAGGUGACCCGAACUUGGUGGAAGUGAGUCCGUCAUGGAAGGAGAGCGAGGAGCCAGCUCUGCGCAGUGCGGUCUUGCGUGAUAUGCAGGUGUACCCUGACUUCAUAUCGGAGCACGAGGAGGCCGCCCUGCUCACCGAGGUGGAACCCGUUCUCCGGAGGAUGAGAUACGAGUUCGACCACUGGGACAAUGCGAUCCAUGGUUUCCGCGAGACGGAGCGGCGGCAGUGGUCGCCGGAGAACUCGGUGGUGCUGGCGCGCGUGCGGGCGCUGGCGCUGGGCGGGGAGCAGGCGCAGGCGCUGCCGCACGUGCACGUGCUGGACCUGGCCGCCGCCGGCCACAUCAAGCCGCACAUCGACGCCGUGCGCUUCUGCGGCGACGUGAUCGCGGGGCUGUGCCUGGCGUCGAGUGCGGUGAUGCAGCUCGUGCACAACGACAAGAAGCACCUCGAGCUCAACGCGCUGCUGGCACGACGUGCGCUCUAUGUCAUGAAAGGAGUGGCGCGCUACGAGUUCACUCACGCGGUGCUGGGCGGCGAGCACAGCACGUGGCGGGGCGCUCGUCUGCCGCGCCUGCGCCGCGUGGCGCUCAUCUGCCGCACGGCGCCGCGCCCGCACGACGCGCAGCCCGACGUGCAGCGCGGCGCCCUCACCGACCCCGACACGCCCACGCCUUAGCGACCCGCAACACUGCUACCUUAUCCUACCAGUUGGUUGAUAUAGCACGGCAUGUUUGUAAACAUGCAAUGCAACUGGUCGGCUGUACCUACAAAUUGAAGUUUUCUGUGAUAGCCACAGAUUGCAUAGGAAUCCAGCAGAAUGUGUAGGUUUGCUCCCCUACCUACUUAGGUAUUCAUGUGAUAUUGUCUAAUGACAUUGAAGUAUUUUUUCACCAUUAUUUAGUAUUAUAAUGUUGUUGUUAUAAUAAAUUGUUAUUGUUGAAA